AUGACCAGGAAACUUAGUCCACAAGAAAAGAUGAACAGAAAGCCGAUAAAUACGGCAUGUGUGUUCUGUCACUCGAAGCAUUUACAGUGUGAUGUUGGUAGGCCUUGUCAGAAUUGCACAAAACGUGGAAUAGGCGAAACGUGUAGAGAUAAAGAGCGUAAGCCUAGGAAAAGGGGACCGAGAAAGCUGAAGAGAGAGGGUUCAGUUGAUCAGGAACAGAAGUUCGAGAAGGUGGCUAGUAGUGAUAACAACGAAUCAGUAACUAUUGUGAGCACGAUCCAUCACAACAUGUUGGUUCCUGUGGUGAAUACAGCCAAGUCUAGUGUUAGAGAAGCAAAGCCAGCGAAGAUAUUGAAGCCAAAGAAACCUGUAGAUGUAGCGACCAAGCGAAAGAACAUUUCGAAGCUGGCCAUGGAUACGUUUCAGUUACCACUGCCCCCAGUUCAUUCACAGCCUGAAUCAUCAUUAGAAAAACACAAGAAGAUAGUGUCUCCUGAGUUGCUGCCAAAGAUACCAAGUCUAACACAGCUCUUCAACCCAACUGCGGAACCGGUAAUUUCGGAUGCCCUGCUGCCAAGUAACCAGAGCAGCACCACAAACAUACCUUCACUGGUGGAGAAGAUGAACCUCGAGCACAAGGAUAGAGUGCAGGAACAGGUCGCUGACCAUUUAUCGCUUCAUACGCGGGAUCAUUCAUCAAACGAUACUUCAGGUAACAGUAGUGGAGGAGAAUUCGGCAGUGUAUGGACUACCGAAGAGUAUACAAAGUUGAACGAUAUGCUAUCAACACCGAAUCUCUCACGAAAUGGAUCAAAGACAUAUUUGAAUGCGAAUGCUACGUGGUCGCCAAGUAACAUGAUUAAGAUGGAUCCCAUAGACGAGUCACCUAACCCUAACACUUCGAAUAACAUCUUGGCGUCUGCGGCAACGCAGAAUCAUACAAUAAACCUUGCAGGCAAUUCAUUGAGAAGAACGAAUUCUAGGCCGCAUAUCUCUUUGGACCAAAUGGUAGGAGAUUCGAGAAGAGGCGACUCUGUGACGGAUACCUCGCCAGAAUCGCAGUCUGCAGAAACUGCAGAAACGUUGACACCUUAUAAAUUCAGAAUGAUAGUUAAAUCAGCAGAGGACUUGUACAAACACCAAGACUUGAUUCAGCCACACAACUAUAAAUCUGCGUAUCUAGAGUUAUCAAAGUUUCUCAGGUCCAGAUUCAUUCAAGAAGGUGAUAAAGCGGCGUCUUCUCAGAAAGAAGAGAGAGAUGGACCAGCUCAACUUCAAAACAUUGCAUAUUCAAUCAAGUCACAUUACGCCCCAAUAUUCGUUACACUUACCACUAAUUUGAUUGCACAAGAUCUAAAGUUGCAGGAACUUAUUUUACAAAGGGCUCUAUUGGAGUACGAAAGUAUGGCAAAGCUAGUGAAUUGUACUCCAAUGUGUAUUUGGAGGAGGUCUGGAGAAAUAUGCUUUGCUUCAAAUGAAUUUAUCUCCUUGACAGGGUUUAGUAAAAAAGAGAUCUUAAAUCAAAGGAAGUUUAUCAUGGAGUUCAUGGACAAUGAGAGUAUUGUUGACUAUUACGACAUAUUCCACGAAUAUUUAGCAUUUGGCUCCACUCAAGGUGGGGCAUUUAGCUCUUCAAUGGGAACAUCUGACGGACAAGCUAUCUUUAGUGAGUGUAAUCUUUUGCUAAAGAAUGGAUGCUACCUCCGUUGUGCAUGCAUUUGGACGGUUAAAAGGGAUGGAUUUAACAUCCCGAUGUUGAUUAUGGGUCAAUUCUUACCCAUAUUCGAUAUGGAAUAG